UGUGAAGUGGUGUGAAGGGCGAUGAAGAAAUGAAGGCGAAGUGGAUGUUUCUGUUUUGUUUGUUCCGUUGUGAUGUUCUGUGGUGCGUUGAGAGUUGUCAAAUAUACUAAAAGUGCAGUGUAGGAGCCAAAAUCCAAUUUAACUUAAUAAUAUUAGCAUUUUUAUGUAUAUAAAAUGUGUGGAGGCUUCACGUGCUCCAAAAAUGCUCUUAUUGCCCUCAACGUGUUAUACAUCGUAGUCGCAAACAUCUUAAUAGGGGUAGCUGUAUACGGUAGGGCAGCUUCCCUGGUGACAAAUUUACCUAUCGUCGGGGGAAUUUUAGCAUGCGGCAUUAUACUAAUACUGAUCUCAGUGCUGGGGCUCCUCGGGGCUGUGAAGCAUCAUCAAGUCAUGUUAUUCUUUUACAUGGUCAUCCUAUUUUUACUAUUCCUUAUUCAAUUUUCUGUGGCUUGUGCUUGCUUGGGUGUAAACAAAGAACAGCAAGCUCAGCUGGCAGAACAAGGAUGGAUUCAUGUAGAUAAUGAUACAUUGUCACAAGUACAAGAUAGUUUCAGGUGCUGUGGUUUUGAUGAUAAGGUUGAUAAGGAGGUUCAUCAUCCUACUUGUGAGCCUCAAAGAUGUUGUGUUCCACCAGAUACAGACAACUGUCAGUGUCCACCAUGUAUGGAGAAGUUACAAAAUACAAUAAACUAUGCAUUUAAACUAUGUGGAUGGAUUGGGCUAUUUUUCAGUUUUACUGAGUUCAUGGGCGUUUUACUAACCGUACGUUAUCGUAAUCAGAAAGAUCCGAGAGCUAACCCCAGUGCUUUUCUAUAACAGCUAUACAAUCAGUGGUGGGUCUAAAAUAUAUUUACUAUUGUUUAAGUUUUGCUUAUGGUUAUAUUGAUGGAGAAAAUUAUUUGUAGCUUAGGAUGUGACUAUUUUUACCCGCGCUAAAGCUCGUCAUACACGUUAUUCAUGAGAGUUAAUUUUGUACGUGUAUGGCCAGCUUAAACUUAGGUAAGACUAAUUAUAUUUUAAGCGUUCUCUUAUUUUAAAAUGUAUCUGUGACAUGUGAGCGUUUAAAAAGAUAAACAGUUUAACAGUAUUAUAUUCCAGUAAUUCCAGUAUUCAUCAUUAAUACACUUGUAAGGCUUACUGAACGUGUAUGUUAGGGACAAGUAUUUCUUUCCUACAACCGCCAAAAAAGUCGGUUUUAUUGUUCACAAUCGGCCAUUUAAGAUUAACGUUGCCCGAGUAGUUGUAACUGGUAGAUUUGUCGCCCUAAAGCGAUAAAUUAGUAGAAGCAAGUUUGUACUGACCGUGUGUUACGGCAGAAAUGUAUAAUUUAUUAUAAAAACAGACACAUUGAAUGCUGGUUUAACUCUAAUAUUUUGAAUGUUUUUUAUGUUAGGUACUGAAGAUAGAAAAUACCUUUAUAUAAUUGUGAAAGUAUUUCUACUUAUAUUGUAAUAUUAAACUGCGGUUGUAGAAAAAUCUUGUGUGCUUUACGGACGCCAAGGAUUGUGGCGCUGUCGAAAUACCGUCGCGCUCCAUUUCGAGUCAUCGUUUCCGAGCAGCAAAGUAAUACAUACUUUGUGCUCUGGAUACACAAAUCCCAGAUAGCAGAAUAAACUUGUUUCUGACUUGCAGCAAGUUUGUUGUAUCACAAAUGCAGGCUUGCUUCAAGCUUGCCAUGGCAACCCUGCACACUUGCAGCAAGUUUAAAUCAAACUUUCUUGUCCCAUACGACAAACUUGCUUAAAGUUUACUUUUAUAAAUAUUAUACAAAUUUUAUAUAAUAAAUUUGUAUAAAGUUUGUUUUGAUAUAUCCAGUUUUGACAUGACAAACUUGGCAAUGUAACUUGCAAAACAGUUUAGCCCGUAAAUCGAAUCACAUUAGAUACAUGAUUUUACUGACGUUUUGGUUGUCCCUGAAAUCAAUAUCGAGGAACAUAAUGUAACAUUUGGUUAGAAAGACGUUCAAUCCACAUGGAUGAAUGUUGAUGUAGACCAAGUCACAUUUACGAUAAUUCUCCUUCUGUAAGGGGUGCUGGCGCAUCCGAAACGUCAGUAAAAUCGUUUAUCCAACUAAUGAGAUUCGAUUUACUAGGUUCACGAGGAUAGUUAUAUGCACUAUAUACAGGAAACCACAGCAGAGUAAAGUUGUAAAUAAUAAAUACCAAAGAGAUCAUGCAAGUUUUAGCAGAAUAUAUUGCGAAUACCAGGAAAAAAGGUUCUAAAUAUAAACUCAAUUUUUUCUAUGCUCCAACUAUCACGAAGGCCUAAAACACCCAUGGGGUACGUGGGGCUAUAGGGGAAACAGGGAAAGCGAGCGAACACGUGUGCAUGCAGCAUGCACACAUUCUGGCACCGCCUACGAGAUCCGCCGAGUGGUACCUCCGCGUUAGACAUCAGAGACCGUCUACGACCUAGCGAAAUCGCUGUACGAUUAAGUGGAAAAGGUGGAAAACGUAAACGCAAGUGCCACGCCAACAUGGUACAUGGCACACCGUUGCCAAAUCCAUUGGUCGAUCGGAUUUUUGUCGUCAAUUUGUGGCGCGAAUUUCAAAUAAACGUUUGUCUAUAUUUAUACCUUUACAUAAUAUACUUCAAAUCAUGAACAGAAUACACUCGGCUGUACCAACGUAUUUGGGAAAUGAUGGAAUUUUUCUCCGCGAUAUGGUAUAACUGCAUGUGCAAGUUGCCGAGCUCUUAUGCAGAAAUAGAUAACGACAAAUAAAAUUACUGUUAAUAGCGAUUAAGAGAAUAUGAUUGAUUUUUAUCUGAUACAACAAUAAAUUUAGAGACCUAUAAUUUUUCCUGCAUGUAUUCAUUCCUCAAAAGUCUCUAGAAAACCUACAAAACAUUGAUUAACUCCUCAGAUGUUGGGAAAUUCCUUAUACAUUGGCAGUUCUGGUUACUUCACCUUACUUCCGAUACAUGUCGAACGUGAAGUUGUUGUUGCAACCUUGUCACAAACUUGAACUAUUGUCUUUGCAGCAAUAUUUUCACAAGCUUCGUCAUAUUUGACGGCAACAACUUACAAUCAAACGGAAACGAAAGUUUGUCACAAGUUUACAUGCUAUCUGGAUUCGUUGUAGUAUUGUAUAUGGGAAUAUAUAAUUGAAGAUGAAAACUAGUCUUCUAUUGCAUGUAAAACAAACACCAGUGAGAUCUGUUCUAACAUUUAUUUUUAUUAGAUAAUAGGUUUGUUACUAGCGAGACGCUAUCGAAACCAGUCUGACCCAGAAGACGAUAAACUUGCUACAGCAGUUUUCCCACGUCACAACUUCACAUACUAAUCUAGUCAUUGUGUUCAAAUAAUUUAUGUAUGUUUACGUUACAUUCCUCAUGCCAAAGAUCUUCAUUCUUUUUAUAAAUAAAUUCUUUGUACACCCAUAUUUCUUUCAUCUGUUCAUGACAAUCAAGCUACAGCUUCAAAGUAUGCAGAGCGCUAGGGCUUCCUACAUUUAUGUAAUACAUUUGUUGUUGAAUGUCUGUACUAUAGCAAAUAAUGAAUCGUGUAAGAACCUUGAACUCAGUAGCCAUUUGAACAAGUAAUUGAUAGCAGCUAAAAGUAUUGUUAAUAUAUGCAACACUCGUCGUCUUUACAAUUUUAAGUUUCUCGCUACUCCAGGGGUUUGCUUUUGCGGUAAUAUUCACCUUACUCGCUCUACACACGGGCGUGAAGUCAACUCGCGUGCAAAAAGCGCGCGUUUAGCCUUAGUCCAGAUGGCGCGCGUCGACGUGUGCGCGGAUUUGUUGGCCCGCGUACAGUUUUAUAUAGAGUAGGACAAAUUUAAUGUUUUCUGAUUAAAUGUAACGAGCUUAUUUUCAACAAUUUGAACGCACGGGAUUAAAAUUGUGCCAGGCACCAUUUUUUAGAUGUAACAUAUAUUUCAAAAUCCGGUUGUUAAAUAGAGAUAUAAAAGAAAAACCUAAAAUUGGGAAGAAGAAAAUGGUGAAACAUUUUAAAAUCAACUCAAAACUCUUUACUAAUACAAUAUACUUUUACUAGCAACUAACCAUAAAAAAGAUUAAAAACAACAUUUUAUACAAACUUAUACAGAUGUCAUAUAUACUGUACUGUAUGUACUGUACUCCAUUCUUUUUCUGUAUAAAAAGUUACUAUAACAUACGAGUCACUGAUGUACCUAUAACGGUAUUAUUCGAAAUACUUGUCAGGGCUUGUCGACGCAUGUCGGAACGCGUCCCGAGCGAAUAGAAAAUCGCGCGUUUUUUGCAGCGCGCCAAUUUGACGCUUGUGUGUGGUAUUUGAUAUACUUUUUUAAACUGUUCAAUAUAUGUAUAUUUUUGAAACUGUAGCUUCCGACUGUUUAGUGUAAGCUGAUUUUAGCUCUGCUGUGCUUAUAAAUUGCCAUAUUUUAUUUCCUUUAUAAUCUUUUUUAUAACUUUUAAUGUGAUGUGUAAUUAAGAUCUUAGCACGUUAUAGUUUUUUUCGAUGUGAUCGUCUAUUUUAGCUCAAACGCGAACUAAAGUAUUUGGUAGAUAACAUAUUACUCCAGCAUUUCUAAGCGAGCCUGUAACAAAAUAUUUCACUAUAAUUUGGUGUUAAAUGUUAUAUAUUGUUUUAUAAUGAGUAAAUAUGUUGGAGUAGCUCAUUUCCUGUAGAAUCGUUUCUGAAACUUUUCUACUGUUUUCUAGGAUGUUGAGUAUAGUGGUACAUGUUAGGAAUAGAAGGUAAAUAAGGAUAACUUAUUUUAUGAUACUUGCAAAGCGCUCGUCAGAUAAAAGACACUGUGACUAUUGUCGUAGUACAUAUAUGUGUAUAUUUUGUGAAAAAAUAGCUUGUGAUUUAAGUUAUGUAGUUUUUCUUUUGUUUAAAUUAAAGACACUUCGGCAACCUGUAA